GUCUUUACUAUGUAUGGAAACCUCCAUGGGACGUAUCCCAGACAACAUCCCACAUGAUUUCACUAAAAUCCGAAUUGAAAACUGCCACCUGACCGAGUUACCGCAGGGAUCUUUCUCUAAAGUUAGUGCCUUGGAGUUCCUCUGGUUGAAUUUUAAUGAGAUCACCUUGAUGAACGUUAAAAGUCUGGAUGGGCUGGCAAACCUGACCGAGCUCCGACUGCAAGGGAACAAGCUGACUUCAGUAACAUGGACAGCGUUUCAGGACACGCCAAAACUGAAGAUUUUGGACCUGAAGCACAAUCGACUGGAUGUCCUGCCCGAACACGCUCUGAGACAUUUACCUGCACUGACCUACUUAGAUUUAUCCUUCAAUCAGCUUAGUGUGAUAUCAAAAGAUGUCUUCAUGAAUUGGCCUCUUUACCAAACUGCAGAAAAAACAUGGGGGAAAGAAGGCGUGGUCUCAAAUGUGGUUUUGGCACUGCAUGACAACCCCUGGUUGUGCGAUUGUCGUCUCAAAGGCUUUGUUGAAUUCAUCAGGACGGUCAGCCCUCCCAUCAUUCUCAUGAACUCUUAUUUGAUGUGCUCAGGCCCCGCCUCCAAAGCUGACAAGUUCUUCCAUGAGAUCCAGUUAAAAACUUGCAUGAAGCCAGUGGCCUCUGCCCCAGAGACUAACAUCACUUUACCUCUCGGAGCAAAUGCAACGCUCACAUGCUUAGUAAAGGCCAGGCCAGGUCCAACCAUUAAGUGGAUGUAUAGUCUAAAGAUUAUAAGAGGAUUUGCGGCCACAGAGACCAACACAGACGACGAGACCAUCACCUCAGAGCUGGUGAUCCCCUCUCUUCACCUAGCAGACCAAGGACUCUAUACCUGCACUGUCAACAAUUUCAUUGGCAACUCCUCUGUCGCCAUCACGGUUAAUAUCAGCCCCUUCAACUCCUCUGCUCUUCUCCCUCCACCUGUUCCCACGGUGUCGUCCGAGGAAAAUUCCAACAUUGACAUCCGCAUUGCCAAGCAGACAGUUUACGGUAUCACCCUGGAGUGGCACGCAGAAACAGACAACCUAGCAGAAACCUGGUUCACCAUCCACUUUGGUAAAUUUGAUUUACCCAAGAAGGAGAUGAUCUAUAUCGGCCCCGGCAUCAACACCUACAGCCUCAACGACCUGCUUCCUGUCACCAAGUACGAGGUGUGCGUGACCUUAAAGAACCACAAGCCAAAGGAAGGCCAGUGCAUUGUGUUUGUGACAGGAAGUGACAUCAGUGAGCUGGAGCAAAGAGAGAGGCUCAUCCACAUUAUCGUCAUUGUGUGCGCCAUGGUGUUGGCAGUACCAGUGGGCAUGUUCGCCUGCACCACGGAGGCCAGGUUCAGCUGCUUCGAUCGCUGCGUGAAUCUGUGGAAGAAGCGCAGGCUGCAUGGGGGAAACCUCCAGGGGACCGAGAGGCAGGGGACCUUUGACAGCCUGCAGGCAGCCAGCGAUGAAGGCCUGUGCAGGGACUCGGAAGAAAAGCCGAAAAAGAGGCGGAAGUCUGAGGACAGGUGCAAAGGAGGAAGUGCAGCUCAGCUCUACUAG